AUGUUCUCGCUACAACGUCUGUCAAAUUUUAUCCCGCGUUCAAUUAUAAUACGCUCCUACUCGGCUCGUAAACCAAAACGACAAACAAAACUAUCAGCUCCCAUCUUCUCUACCCAGAAAUUAGACGAUGGUAGCACUUUCACAUCACGCCAACCAACUUCUGUCACAGCAGCAGUAGAAUCGCUUCCUCCACCUAUUAGACCCAUCAAAGAGAAGAAGUAUCAUCUUACGGAAGUGGAGGUUGCUGAAAUCAGACGUCUUAGGGCAGAGGAUCCCAACUAUUGGACACGAAAAAAACUAGCAGAUAAGUUUGAAUGCAGCCAGUAUUUUGUUGGGUUUGUUGCACCUUUGCCCCAUGAGGCUAUUCAAAAGAUGAUAAAUGAGCAAAAACAGAAAGAAGAACGUUAUGGAGAGAGGAAAAAGUUGGCUAUUAAAUUGAAACAGAAGAGACGAAAGCUAUGGUAG